UGACUAGAAUUAUGAGUAUGACAACGUCAGGCUAUAUUGUAUCCACAGUGACAUACAAACAAUACAGCAUAAGAAAGUAGGCCUAGGGCAAAACAUCAAGGAUUUUCACUUCAAAGGACCAAUUCAGCCCACUUUUGCUGCUAGUAUAAAAGAUGGGUUGAGCUGUUUGCCCGCAGCAUAAUCGGAGUCAUCUGUUUACUAGGAAGCAUGUUCGUGAUGUAGUCGAAUGAAUGAGGUGUUUGCAGUGCUGCUGUGGAGAGCGAGUUGCCAGAAGAAACGUUUCUUGUAUUCUCUGCAAGGUGCUUUGUGUGGAGAGAUUCAGUUAGUGUAGGUUAAUGUCUGUCUAUGUGUUUGUGCCUGUUAUAUCUACUCCAACAUUCCCAUGAGAAAUAUGUUACCACCCGUGAAAAAAGACCGGAUCAUAGCUCAGCUUCCCCAGUGUUUCACUCCUAAUGCAGCCCUGCACACCAAAGAAAGCUUCCCCACGCAGGUGACGUCUGCCUGCCAUGGACAGAAGACUGGCACAGUGGGGUUUAACAUUGCUAAGGUGAUUGUUGUGGGGGAUGUGGCUGUGGGGAAGACGUGUCUGAUCAGCAGGUUUUGUAAGGACAUGUUUGAUAAGAAUUAUAAGGCUACUAUUGGGGUGGAUUUUGAGAUGGAGCGAUUCGAAGUGCUGGGUGUACCUUUUAGUUUACAGCUAUGGGACACAGCUGGACAGGAGAGGUUCAAGUGUAUUGCUUCCACAUAUUACAGAGGAGCACAGGCCAUCAUCGUGGUAUUUGACUUGAGCAGUGUGGGAUCUCUGAUACAUGCCAGGCAGUGGCUGGAAGAUGCUAUGAAGGAGAACGACCCCUCAAGUGUGCUCUUGUUUCUGGUUGGAACCAAGAAGGACCUCAGUUCUCCUGACCAGCUGGAAUAUAUGGAGCAGGAGGCCAUCCGACUGUCUGAAGAGAUCAAAGCAGAGUACUGGGCAGUGUCUGCUAAAUCAGGUGACGGCAUCAAGGACUUUUUCUUCCGGGUCGCGUCUCUGACCUUCGAAGCCAACGUGCUGGCAGAGCUGGAGAGGAGCGGAUGCAGGCAGAUCGGUGACAUCAUCAGUAAGUCCUGCCAAAGUCGGAAGGAUUCUUUUCAGAGAAGUGUCACCCUAAUCUCGUUCCCGGUCCUCGUCUGUGUUCCUUUAGGGAUAACUGACAGCACGGAGAAGCACAAACCGACCAAGAAAAAAGCAAACUGCUGCUGAUGGGCUGGACAUUUAUACAGAGUUGUUUCAGUACAUUUACGCGAAGCUAAAUGGGACAACCCAAACUAAAUUCUGGAAUCCACAAUCUGUCGGCAAAGAGUUACGGAACCAUGGGCACCAAUGGACUAUUCAUUGUAGAUCAUUGUAGAGUAGCAGGAAACAAUUAAGGGAUCAUCAGAAGAAUCCACCGUGGAGCCAGGCCUGGUAGCCUCAGUAAUCACAAGACCCUCGGCUGAGGUCAACGCUGACAACAACAGGCCUGUUCUCCAGAUACAACUGAAACUGAAGAUGAUAGCUACCAUUGCUAACAACCAGUCUCAGACUCACUCUGUUGUCCUCGCUGGUGCGUGCAUAAGACAACAUGGCGUACAGCGAGAUCCCAUGUUAUUGUCUCGAAUCAUGUGCCUCUCUGAAGAUAUGUUGUUUUACUGGAGAAUGAGACAUCAGCAGACCUAAUGGCCUUUUUUUUGUUCGCUGGGUUAUUUCCUCAGUCUGCUCUAGCCGUCAUGUGUCUGAGAUGCUAAUGUGAUGCGUACGCCUGUUCCCAUGACGCCACUCAACACAGCUCGUCUCCAGAAACACUCAUCUCUCCUGCUCCCAAAAUGGAGGGAUUGUUUGCAGAGACAAGGAGGAGAAUGUUUUAUUUAUAUCCGAGUCCAAUCACAUUAUGCGAAACACUGGAACAGACCUACUACAGUGGUGUGAGUUCUGUAGAAUGUUUUUGCAGUUUAUUAUGGCAGCAUGAAUAAAUGUCAUGUUAAAUCA